CUGCUGGGUGUUUGAAAACAAUGUCAAAAAACUGGCAUCACUCUAUAUUACAACAAAUGUCAAAUAAUGGCGCUCUUAGCAUUUUCUUUUAAUUUCAUAAUUAAACGGCACUUAUUACUAUUUGUAAAGUUAUUGUAGUAAUAUUGCGUUGUUUUGCGUGUGCGUUUCAAGUACAGUAAUAACGGAAUGGCCGAGGAAAAAGAAAAAGCCAAUGAAAUACAAGAAGAAGUUGUUAAAAAUGCUAAAGAUGAAUAUUCUGCAGUUUUUCAGCAAAUGGUAGCAAAGUUGAGUGCCGAGCAUUUUGAACCAUUUGCUAAAGUCUUUAAGGAAAAAGAGAAUUCAAUAUUGAAGUUUCCGGAGGAUUGGUUGAAACAAAAACUAUUGAAAGGAAUUCAACAUACGCAGGAUAAGCUUUGGUCAGUAGAAAAUGUUGGGACAAAUUUAGCUUAUCUCCAAAUAUUGAAGGAAAAAUAUAAAGAACAUGCACAUAAAAAUUGGAAAUAUGAAAAUAAGAGCCCAGAGGCUCGUACGAUACCCACUUUUAUGUUUUACAAGGAAAAGAAAAUACGCUUUAUGCAGAAACAAGUCGAAAGUCAGGAGGCAAAAUUGGCGGAUUUGCGCACAAAAGUUAUGAACAAACGUGCACAUUUAAAAGAGAUUGAGCAAGCACGCGUGUUGCUUAAAGAAAGCAUGAUCCGUCAUACUAAAAUAUUUGAAGAAAUCAAGGCUGACUUAAAACAAGUGUUGCAGGAUGCAAAACUUUUGGAAAACUCUCCUUAAUCUUCCAGUGCUCAGCAUUUCAUUUGUUUUUUUUUCUUAAUAAUAUGUACUUUUAGUUAUUUAUUAAUAAUAGAGGUAUAUUCUAUUUAAUAUUUAUAUUCUUCUAUGUGAAAUAUUUUUGCAUGAAGUGAAUAACGUGCUGUGAGUUGUUUAAAUAUAUC